AUGUCAUUGGGUGCACGGAUGGGUACUAAGAAACCAAUUGACAAUUGGUUCAUACCUAAGCUGGAGCUAAUGCAGAGCAUUACUGCUAGUACACAUAAAUUGGUUCUCUCAUCCAAUGGUCUCAAUUAUGAUCCGCAAAUCUGUCAUCACUUGGAUCGAUUGGAGAAGCUAUGGCACUUUGAAAUUGCCACGACAUUAAAGAGUCAUGUCGUUGAUCCUGGUACCGAAGCUGAGGAUGAGGAGGACGAGGAAGAGGGUAUUGCAUGUGAUGAAGAAGAACCAACUGAUCCACGAACUGCGCUCCUAGAGGAGCUCAAUUGUACACAUGUUACUACUAACUAUUUCAACAAGGCCAAGGAUUUAACUACUCUGUCGCAUCAAGCUAGCACUUACCCAGGCCCACCUCGAACAUUUACCACCGGUAAUGUUGCCAUUCACCUGAACUACAAUCCAACCUGCACCAGGAUGAAACUUGAUGAUGUCUCCAACAAUUUCAACAUACCAGACCUCUGCCAUGCUCUUUCAGCCUUCUUGCAAUGCGAUAUGAGGAACGGAAACAUGAUCCAUGGAGUUGGUGUUCCAUGA